AUGUGCGACACCUGCACCAGCGAAGCCCCACACAAGUGCCUCGAAUGCAGCCCCGCCAUCCGGUCCUACCUCGUCCACGAGACGUGCUCCACCAGCUGCCCGGAGGACGGGCACUUCAGCCAAUGGACCGGCAGCGACUUCCUGUGUCCGGCCUGCUCCGAGGGGUGCAAGCUGUGCACGUCCGCCGACUGGUGCGACCUCUGCCAGGCCGGCCACACCCUGCACCAGGGGGCCUGCCUGCCGGAGGGCGCCUGCCCGGCCGGGACCUUCACCAAUGUCGGCACCUGCCGGGCAUGCAGCGACGCAUGCGCCACCUGCUUCGGCCCGGGGGCCACCCGCUGCACCGGCUGCCCGGCCAACCAGGUCCUGUCCCUGGGCCAGUGCCUGGACGCCUGCCCAGUGGGCCAGGUCCUGUUCCUGGGCCAGUGCCUGGACACCUGCCCGGCCGGCAGCGCCGACUACCAGGACGACGGGAUGUGCCGGGCCUGCGCCGAGUCCUGCGCCCAGUGCACCGGCCCCGAGACCGACCAAUGCACCGGCUGCAUGGAAGGCUUCCUGCAGGACUGGUCAACGGGCGAGUGCAUGUCCGUCUGCCGGGAUGGCUUCGGCCCGUCGGCCGACCAGAGCCGCUGCGAGCCUUGCCAUGGCAGCUGCGCCGGCUGUGCCGGCGGCACCGGCCCGGCCCACUGCACCGCGUGCGCCGACCCCGGGCAUGUCCUCCAGCCGGGCGUCGGCUGCCUGACCGCCUGCCAGGCCGGCUUCUUCGUCGAGGCCGAUGUCUGCUCCGGCUGCCACGAGACGUGCGCCGAGUGCGCGGGCCCGGCCGCGGCCCAGUGCACGGCCUGCUCGCCGGCCCGGCCGUUCCUCAUCCCCGGCGCCGGCUGCCAGGCCACCUGCCCGAAUGGCAGCUACCCCGAGGCCGGCGGGUCGUCUUGCGCGCCGUGCCAUGCCGGCUGUGAUGCCUGCACCGGCCCCGACGAGCGCGACUGCACCACUCCGGUGCCCGAUGACAGCAGCGGCAGCGGUGGCAGCGGCAGCAGCGGCAGCAGCGGCAGCAGCGGCAGCAGCGGCAGCAGCAGCAGCGGCAGCAGCGGCAACGGUAGCGGCAUCAGCGGUAGCGGCAUCAGCGGUAGCAGCAGCAGCGGCAGCAGCGGCAGCAGCGGCAGCAGCGGCAACGGUAGCAGCGGCAGCAAGCCCUCCUCCGGCCGGAACAAGACCGCCCUGGCCAUCGGCCUCGGGGUGGGCCUGUCGCUGCUGGUCAUCCUCAUCGUGGCCGCCGUGGUGGUGGUGUUCCUGCGGAAGGCCGCGGUCGGCCGCGGCGCCGGCAAGUCCGGCGCCAGUGCCGGGUCCAUGGAGAUGGACACCCUUGGAGCCUGA